AUGGUGACCCCGCGGGUGCCCAUGCUGCGGGUGAAGCCCCUCGGGCACAGCCCUGAAAUCACGGCACAUGUCCGGCAGGACCUGCUCAAGCACACCCCAGCCGACCACCCUGACUACCCACUGCUGCAGGACGCCCUCCGCAUCUCGCAGAACUUCCUCUCCAGCAUCAAUGAGGACAUCGACCCACGGAGGACAGCGGUCACCACCCCCAAGGGGGAGACCCGGCAGCUCGUCAAGGAUGGCUUCUUGGUGGAGCUGUCGGAGGGCUCGCGGAAGCUGCGGCACGUUUUCCUCUUCACCGACGUAUUGCUCUGUGCCAAGCUGAAGAAGACGGCGGUGGGGAAGCACCAGCAGUACGACUGCAAGUGGUACGUGCCCCUGGCCGACCUGGUGUUCCCCUCGCCGGAGGAGUCAGAGCACUGUCCGCAGGUCCAUGUCAUCCCCGACCACGAGCUGGAGGACAUGAAGAUGAAGAUCUCGGCCAUCAAGAGCGAGGUGCAGAAGGAGAAAGCCAACAAGGGGCAGAGCCGGGCCAUUGAGCGCCUCAAGAAGAAGAUGUUUGAGAAUGAAUUCUGGCUGCUCCUCAACUCGCCCGCCAUCCCCUUCCGCAUCCACAACCGCAAUGGGAAGAGCUACCUCUUCCUGCUGUCAUCCGACUACGAGAGGUCUGAGUGGAGGGAAGCCAUUCAGAAACUGCAGAAAAAGGACCUCCAGGCCUUCGUCCUGAGCUCGGUGGAGCUGCAGGUGCUCACGGGAUCCUGCUUCAAGCUACGCACCGUCCACAACAUCCCGGUCACCAGCAAUAAGGACGACGACGAGUCCCCCGGGCUCUAUGGGUUCCUGCACGUCAUCGUCCACUCCGCCAAGGGCUUCAAGCAGUCUGCCAACCUUUACUGCACACUGGAGGUGGACUCCUUUGGCUACUUCGUCAGCAAAGCCAAGACCAGGGUUUUUCGGGACACCACUGAACCGCAGUGGAAUGAGGAGUUCGAGAUCGAGUUGGAGGGCUCCCAGUCCCUGCGCAUCCUCUGCUACGAGAAGUGCUACGACAAGACCAAACUCAACAAGGACAACAACGAAAUUGUGGACAAGAUCAUGGGCAAGGGGCAGAUCCAG